AAUCUGGUUGGAACGAGUAAUGCAGAUUUUCCCUCUGGGGAUCCCGGAAUGUACCAGUUGGACGUUACUCUAAGAAGAGGACAGAAUUUAGCAGCACGGGACCGUGGAGGAACCAGUGAUCCGUAUGUCAAGUUCAAACUUGGAGGAAAAGAAGUAUUUAGAAGUAAAACAAUAUACAAGAAUCUCAAUCCUGUGUGGGAAGAAAAAGCUUGCAUUCUUAUAGAUAACCCAAGAGAACCAUUGUAUAUAAAGGUCUUUGACUAUGACUUUGGACUUCAAGAUGACUUUAUUGGUUCAGCAUUUUUGGAUCUCACUUCAUUGGAAUUGAACAGGCAAACAGAUGUUACCUUGAGUCUGAAGGAUCCUCAUUACCCUGACCAUGAUCUGGGAAGUAUAUUGUUAUCAGUUCUGUUGGCUCCUAGAGAAGAACAGCGAGAAGUGACAAUGCUAAUGAGGAAGAGUUGGAAAAGAUCAAGUAAGUUUCAGACCCAGAGCUUACGUCUCUCUGACCUACACAGAAAAUCUCAGCUAUGGAGAGGGAUAGUUAGUGUCACCUUAAUAGAAGGUCGUGAACUCAAGGCGAUGGAUGCAAAUGGACUAAGUGAUCCUUACGUGAAGUUCCGGUUGGGGCAUCAGAAGUAUAAGAGCAAGAUUGUGCCAAAAACUUUGAAUCCUCAGUGGAGGGAGCAGUUUGACUUUCAUCUCUAUGAAGAACGAGGUGGAAUUAUUGAUAUUACCGUGUGGGACAAAGAUGCUGGCAAAAAAGAUUAUUUUAUUGGCAGGUGCCAGGUUGACCUCUCAACCCUGAGUAAAGAACAAACCCACAAGUUGGAGAUGCCGCUGGAGGAGGGAGAGGGAUGCCUGGUGUUGCUGGUCACCCUCACAGCCUCAGCUGCAGUCACUAUCUCUGACCUCUCCGUCAACUCCCUGGAGGACCAGAAGGAGCGAGAGGAGAUACUGAAGAGAUAUAGUCCAACGAUGAUGUUCCAUAACAUGAAGGAUGUGGGAUUUCUUCAGGUGAAGGUCAUCAGGGCAGAAGCAUUGAUGGCAGCUGAUGUCACAGGUAAAAGCGACCCAUUUUGUGUAGUUGAAUUGAACAAUGACAGACUGCUGACACAUACUGUCUACAAGAACCUCAAUCCAGAAUGGAACAAAAUCUUCACAUUCAAUAUUAAAGACAUCCACUCGGUGCUUGAGGUGACAGUUUAUGAUGAAGACCGCGAUCGGAGUGCUGACUUUCUAGGCAAAGUUGCUAUACCGUUGCUGUCUAUUCAAAAUGGUGAACAGAAAGCCUACGUCUUGAAAAACAAGCAGCUGACAGGGCCAACAAAGGGGGUCAUCUAUCUUGAAAUAGAUGUGAUUUUUAAUGCUGUGAAAGCCAGCAUACGAACCUUAAUGCCCAAAGAAGUGAAGUACAUUGAAGAGGAAAACAGACUGUCUAAACAGCUACUGUUAAGAAACUUUAUCCGGAUGAAGCGUUGUAUCAUGGUGCUCAUAAAUGCCGCCUACUACAUUAACAGUUGCUUUGACUGGGAUUCUCCCCCAAGAAGUCUCGCUGCUUUUUUGCUUUUUCUUUUUGUGGUCUGGAACUUUGAGCUCUACAUGAUACCACUGGCUUUGUUGUUGCUGCUGGCAUGGAACUACUUCUUGAUCGUAUCAGGGAAAGAUAACAGGCAACAUGAUACGGUAGUGGAGGACAUGCUAGAGGACGAGGAAGAAGAGGAUGACAGAGAUGACAAGGACAGUGAAAAAAAAGGAUUUAUGAAUAGACUUUAUGCCAUCCAGGAGGUGUGUGUCAGUGUCCAGAAUAUCCUUGAUGAAGUGGCUUCCUUUGGAGAAAGGAUCAAGAAUACAUUCAACUGGACUGUCCCAUUCCUGAGCUGGCUGGCGAUUGUUGCCCUCUCUGUGUUCACCAUCAUCCUGUAUUUCGUUCCACUGAGAUACAUUGUCCUUGUCUGGGGCAUCAAUAAAUUUACAAAGAAGCUUCGAAGUCCGUAUGCAAUUGAUAACAAUGAGCUACUUGACUUUCUAUCCAGAGUUCCUUCAGAUGUGCAAGUGGUGCAAUACCAUGAACUGAAACAAGAUCCCAGUCACAGCCCGAGCAAGAGGAAGAAAAACAAUCCUGGCUAG